AUGUCGUUGGAAUUGAUAUUAAAUGAUAAGCAACUUGAAAUACGGCGAAUGAAAAUUGMAAAAAACAAACAAUGUAUACAUUUUUAUGAUAAUAAUCAACAAUCAAUUAGUAAUUCAAAUGAAUCGAUACAAUUAAAUGCUAUGAAUGAGCCAACAAUGGAUCAACUCAUGGAUAAUAUUUUGUGUAACAAUACAAUCAACAGUAAUGAUAUUGAGAAACAAAUUAGAGAUUUAGAGAUAUGUUUCUAUAAUGAUAUAAAUGACAUUUGUGAACACCAAUUGUGUAAAUUAUUUGGAAAGUAUUAUGGAAAAUGUAACAUGGUCAAUUAUAUUGAUAGACCCAUCACUGAUUAUAAUAAUAAUUUUAAUGAAAUGGAAGGCAAUAGACUAACUGAGCUAAUAAGUGCCAUUAAACCACUUAAUGAUAAUUAUGGAUCCGUCAUAUAUGAGACACAAUCCUAUAAUGAGAGUAUCUGUGCUUUUGGCCUAUUUUUGCAACAAAUAUUAAAUAAAUUGAUUCCAAUGUCUAAGUGUUUGUCAUUAUUCAAUACAAUCGAUUUGGACGACCAGAUUGUGCUCAUAAAGUAUGGUUGUAUUGAAAUCGCUUGUCUGAGAGCUAUAUUUGGCUAUAAUAAUGAAAAUCAACAAAUGAUUGUACCGGCAGAAAAUCCAAAUCAAUCAGUUAUUGUAAACUUCAAAGCUAUUCAAAAGGAAAAAUUAUAUUUAUAUAAAGCGGCCGUUAGUUUCUAUCAAAAGUUUAUUAUAGAAUGGGAUUCCGAUAAAGUUAUACUUGAUUUAUUGACAGCAAUUUUGUUAUUUAAUCCAAAGCGUCCAAUGUUACGACAUCGCAAAAUAAUUAAGUUUCAUCACUAUAUUUACUUGUAUUUACUUCGACGCUAUUUAUUGCUUCGGUAUCGAUCUGAUACCGAAUCGGGCGCUAAAUUCAUGCGACUAAUCAAUACAUUUAAACCUUUACAUCAUUUAUAUUUAAGUCAUAUUCAGUGCGUCAAUGAACACACAUAUCAAGAAGUGACCGAUUGUGGAGAAAUACUUCACGAAAUAUACAGUAUUGAUGUCUAG